AUGAUGGAAGUUAUACUGGUAGACCUCAAUGAGGAUGUGGGCAUCGGCACGAAGCGUGGGGGACAUGUUUUCACUUUGCGUGGGGAAGCCAAGUAUGCGUCUGAGAAGGAGCUUAAGGAGCCCUGCGUUGACGAGCUCGCGCAGGUUGGACCUCAGUGUGUGCACGUCGCGGUGGGUGUUCAGUAUGCACAGGUUAUUCGAUGGCAGACCCGGACUCCGGCAGCCGCUGACGGGACCGGCCCAGCACCCUUUGGCGCUAUGACCGAUAUCAAGAUAUAG